UGUGCUAAUUAGCUGUCGGCGUCUCUGCACACCUGUAUGUAAACGGAAGACAAAGCCACAAACUUAUCACUGAAAAUACUGUUGGCUGCAACUGUGUUAGAACAGGUUAAAACAGUGUACAAAGGAAGCAAACAGCCACAGUCGAUGGAGAACGAUCAACACAACCAGCGGCAGGUCAAUCACCCAAGGCCCUUCUUCUAUGUUCAGCCUGCUUCUCAACCUUACUACAACAUGUAUCAGCAUCAUAAUCAAUGGCAAAAUAUCAACAACCCAUAUAACCACUACACCUUACCUGGUUCAGGAAGUUAUCCUUUUGGACGUCCUAGUUCAUACAUGUCCCCAUACCCAUACAUGCAGUAUCCUGGUCAAUACAUUGUUCCACACAUGCAUCCAGUUGAUUACAGAUGCAUGUACGACCCACCUCGUUUCCACCCACCUCCAGUGCAUGACCCCAUGUUCCGCCACCAGCAACAACAACACUACAGUGCUCAGGCCCAGAGAGAGGUGCCCUGCUCGGAGGCUCAGACCCAGUCCAGUGAUGCUCUGAACAAGCUCCAGACCAACGAGAAGCAGGGCUCUGAGAGAGAGCUUGAUUCCAGAGUUGUUUCCCAAGCUUCUGGAUUCUUCUCGUCAGAUAAUAAGGAAGGGAAACGUGAGGUGGGGGGAGACAUACACAGUAGUCGUGGCGCCUCGUAUGGUAAGUUGGAAAGCAGCCGUUUGCAAUCGUCGUCUCCACUGGCCAGGUUGUUCAGCAUCAGUGACUCCACAGCGGCGGUCUACGACGGCGAUUCGAGUCGGAGCCUUGGAGACCUGGGUCUUCAGGAGGGCUGGGCCCUAGACUCUGACGAGGAGCCCCCAUUGGACAGCUCAUCUGUUCAGGAGGAGGAUAUUCAGGACGCGCGGCAUCACGCAGCGGAUGAGUCUCUUCAUAGCUGUUCUUCUGAGAAUCUUUGCCUCCUGUCUGCGGUCUCGCAGUCCGACGACAGCCCCAGACCCGAAGACCCAGACAUCCAGGCAGAGGAGGGGAGCGCCAAUCCAGACAGUACAAGUUCCACUGAGGCACUUCUGAGGCCUCGGAGUCACUGCUCCAACCUGCUCUCCCCCCAGUCACUACCAUCACCCUUAGCCUCUGACUGGCAAGCCUUAGAGCACAUGAAACAUGGAGGAGAAACGUUUGAUGUUCCAGAUGGGAGUCUGUGUGAACUGGAUGUUGACCUGUCCUACCAGAUCCUCUGUCUGCCCUUUGAAAAGGUGUUUACAGCAAGCGCUCUGCAGAAGGACGUCUCUACCAGCUCCAGCGUUGCUCUGCGGUGUGAAGACCUCCAGGCCUCUCUGUCUUCUCUCGCUACUUCCUCCACCACCCCAGUCCGUCACCACCACCACCACUACUGUCAACCACAGACGGCUCACGAGAGACUCAGUGUCCUGUGUUCAUCCCUGGACGAGCUCUCGUCCCAGGACGAGAUGUUCUCCACCGAUCUGGAGGACGUGGAUGUGUUUCCCGGAUGUUUAGUCUACGCAAGGGGGAGGUUCUCCGCAGACCUCGGAGAGGCAGAGGUCAAGGAAGUCUGUCCUCAGUCCAAGAAGCUCAUGUGCGUCUGCUGUGGAUCGAGCCUGUUGAAAGGAGGAGGGGUGAGCAGCAGGGUUAAAGUUCAUCACAGCCCCAGGGUGUACGCCGCCGGGGACUCUGACGAGGUGGUCGAGCAGGAGCAACACGGAUCUGUAAGGACUUGUGAGAGAACGCACCCCAGUAGGGUGGUCGUGAAGAAGCACCCUGUACACAAGAAACACCCGCCUCUCCCUCUACACAUCCGACAUGCUCCCAAACACAGCUGUAAGAGAGGCCAGUGGAGAGAGGCGAUUGGGCCCGAGGAGCAGGAACCAGAGACCGUGUUGGUGGGAUCAGAGCUGAAGUAUUAUGAAGGCCAUGUGGUGGAGGGGAAGAGUGGACACGGAAACGGGGAUAAGCAACGCAGGACAUGUAAAGGGACAUUUCCGUUGCUUUGCUUCCAAAAUGGCGCCCUAUUUUCUUACCGACGCACUUCACCACACGUUUUUCUCUCUCUUAUCUCCGCUGUAGAUGGACUGUGCCGAGACGGCGUUAAUACUGCAGAUCCGGGCACAUGGGAGAGUAGAGGUGCCAAGCCUAGACAGAAACCACACAGCUCACUGCCACGACCAGAGAGACCAGCACUGAGGAAAGCUCUGUGUAAGCCGCUGGGAUACCAGAGAGUCAGAGACGAGGAAAAUAACGACGAGGUGCCACAACGAUUUCAGAGGAGAAGGUUCCACCAAGAGAAGAAACACAAGGUUUUGAUAUCACAUCCUUGAUGUAAUCAAAGAAAAUGUCACAAACAAAGAGCACUUAGUAAAAUGCAUAACAGAAAAUGUUUCGGAUGGACACCAUUUUGUUUUUGUGAUAAAUAAAAGCAAGGAGAUAAAGCACUUCCAGGAGGUCCACUGUCAGUUGGCUAGCACUGUCCUGUAUGUUGGUAAAAUGUCCCCUCGGUCAGCACAGGGUUUGGUGGCUUUGAAAAUCAGAUUUGAACUGUUGUGACCAGUGGAUUAUUAAAAUUAAUUUCAUAACA